AUGGCCGUCUUAAAGGUGACAUUUACCAAGACCAAUCGAGGCAAGCUGGCUCAGGUCUUGUGGGUGCUCAACUGGAUUUCUGUGGUGACGGGCAUUAUCCUCUUCAGCCUGGGACUUUUUCUCAAGAUAGAGAUUCAAAAGCGCCGAGAAUUGAUGUCGGACCAUGAGAUCCGCUCCGUGCCCAACAUGCUCAUCGCCACAGGCCUGGUGGCCUGCUGCAUCAACUUCCUGGGCGGCAAGAUCUGCUACGACUGUGUCGACACCAACAAGUUCCUGCGCUGGAAGCUCUUGAUGCUUCCGUACAUCGUGUGUACCUUCUUCUUCACCUUCUGCAUUCUUGUGGGGGCCCUCAUGUGCUACACCAUGCAUAACCAACUGGAGGAGUCGCUGUUUCAGGGGUUGCGCGGUGCCAUGCGUUACUACAAAGACACGGAUACGCCAGGUCGAUGUUACCUCAAGCGCACCGUGGACAUGUUGCAAAUCCAGUUCCAGUGUUGCGGCAAUGUGGGUCACCGCGAUUGGUUCCACAUCCAGUGGAUCAGUAAUCGCUACCUGGAUAUGACCAGCAGUGAAGUCUCUGAUCGUUUCAGAAGCAACGUGGAGGGGAAGUACCUCAUGGAUGCGGUCCCUUUCAGCUGCUGCAACACCUACUCCCCGAGACCCUGUAUACAGCAGCAGGUCACCAACAACUCAGCCCACUACAACUACGACUACCAGACUGAGGAUCGCAACCUGUGGAAGAGAGGCUGCCACCAGGCCCUGCUCGACCACUACACCAACAUCAUGCAGUCCAUCGGCUGUACUGUGCUCAUUAUCUGGCUGUUCGAGCUUUUGGUGUUAACAGGCGUGCGCUACCUCCAGACGGCCAUGGAGAACGUUCUACGGCUGGGUGAUCUGGACUCUGAGUCGGAUGGCUGGCUCCUGGAGAACAGCAUCGCUGAGACGGCCCGCUCCAACUUCAACAUUAUCAAGAACCUCGGCAAGUGCUACCAGGUGGACGAUGACCCGAACAUCAACGUGCCCAGUGUUGCCCAACAAGAGGUGCCUACUCGUCAAAUUCCUGUGGCCAGCUAACAUCUCCCAGCACUGUUCAACUGACCAGAAUUGAACAAUGAAUUGGAUUGAAUUCAUUGACCAUUGACCACGGCCAUGUCCGAUGACAGAUUGUGUCUGAGGAAGGAAGAUAUGUCUAAGUAGGCUUACAACUCUGUGUGGACUCAAACAGGAUUAGCCGUGGGGGCAUGUCAACUCAAACACAGAUGAACUGUCAAACUUUAAACAAAAGUAAAGGACCUGCCAGUGCUUGAAUACGAUUGAAUAUCUGCCUCUUCUGAAAUGAUACUGAAAAAG